CAAAAAUAUAUUUGAUUGGUUCGUAAACAAGUAUGAUAACAGUGCACAUAGUUAUGGCAUUUAUCUUGCAUGUGGGUUGUGUCCAUGCUGACUGGUGCUGACGCCAAUACUCGCUGGGUAAGGACCAGUACCGGAACCGGAAUUUCGUGUGAUGUGGUAUCGAACGGUAUAGAAUUUCUAACUCGCCAGGUUCGCCAGUGUCUAAGUAUGGAGGAGUGCGCGUCAGUGUUAUGGUAGUGUUCGUUGAGCUAGGAGUUGAGGUCGAUUAGCACACAUGCCAGCUCAGAUCCUUGAUAGACAUUCGUUAAAAAUUUUAAAUAUGGAGCCAACGAAUAUAUUGUCAAAUAAUUCUCAUCAAGAGUUAAUGUCUGGUGGGGAUGAAUGUGAUAGUCUCAAAGAAGUGCCCUCUUUGACGUCUAUAGCAGAUGGUGCCGGCAAUAGAACAGGGAGGCGUGGUUGCAGCACAUCCGCGGCGGAGUGGUUGACCAUAAUAAUAUUGUGCUUUGUAAACCUUAUCAACUAUAUGGAUAGAUUUACAAUAGCAGGAAUUCUGGGAGAUGUGAGAAACGAGUUUAAGAUUGGCGAUGACUUGGGCGGUCUGCUCCAGACGGCGUUUGUGCUGAGUUACAUGGUAUUUGCGCCGAUGUUCGGAUAUCUUGGCGAUCGCUAUAGCCGGAGGCUCAUAAUGGCUUUUGGAGUCUUACUGUGGAGCCUCACAACGCUCCUUGGCUCCUUCAUGCAUACCUACGGGUGGUUCCUCACGCUCCGAGCUCUCGUGGGCAUUGGCGAGGCCAGUUACUCCACCAUAGCACCGACCAUCAUCAGUGAUCUGUUCGUCAGAGACAUGCGUUCGAAAAUGCUAGCGCUCUUCUAUUUCGCCAUACCGGUUGGCAGUGGUCUGGGGUAUAUUGUCGGGUCUGAGACAGCACACUUGGCUGGUUCCUGGAGAUGGGGUCUCCGUGUAACACCCGUCAUGGGUGUUGUUGCUGUUCUUCUCAUCGUCUUUGUAAUGCAGGACCCUGUCCGAGGGAAAAAUGAGGGGUCUCACCUCAGACCCACUUCGUGGAGCAGUGACCUCCGGGAACUGUGUAAAAAUAAGAGUUUCAUGUUAUCAACGGCCGGCUUUACGUGCGUGUCAUUUGUUGCGGGAGCCCUGGCAUGGUGGGGCCCAUCAUUCGUGUACCAGGGCCUGAGGCUGCAGGAGGGGUACGACGGAAUCACACAGAAUGAUGUGACAUAUAAAUUUGGCAUCAUUGCUAUGCUGUCUGGACUGAUCGGUGUUCCUUUGGGCUCGUUACUGGCACAGAGGUUACGCUCUCGUUACCCUUCCAUAGACCCGAUGAUAUGUGCCAUCGGUCUCCUCGUCAGUUCGCCACUUCUGUUUGGUGCUUCCGUCUCUGCCAGUAAAAACUCCAAUGUCUGUUAUGCGCUUAUCUUCUUUGGCGAGGUCUUCCUGAAUCUCAACUGGUCCAUUGUAGCAGACAUGCUUCUGUAUGUGGUUGUUCCGACAAGACGGUCAACAGCUGAAGCAUUCCAGAUACUUAUUUCACAUGCACUCGGGGAUGCCGGCAGCCCGUAUCUAGUUGGAGUGGUAUCUGAAGCACUGAAGGUUGCCCUAGCGCCCUCAAACGCUGCCUAUUUAGCCAGCUUCAAUAGCUCUCUGUCGCUGUCGUCCAGCAUGUCAUCAGGCCGAACUGUCGAUCCAGUUGUUGAGUUCCAUAGUCUGCAGUACUCUCUGUUCAUGACAUGUGUUGUUGAACUGAUUGGUGGUGGCUUCUUCCUGUUCACUGCUAACUACAUCAGCUGGGACAGACAUCAAGCUGAGAAAGCCAUUGCAGGGAACGGGCAGCCCACUCACCUGUAUGCAGAAGAUGCAGAGUCAUCUAGUGGACAGUCAGAGAAUCUCGUGGCCUGAUGCUGAAGUGUGAUACUUUUUGUUUGAGUUAUAGAUUAGACUGAGCACCGAAACUUUUGGAAAUGUCAUCAGUAGUUCUGAAGUACUGAGUGGCUUCUUGUUUCCUUUGGAUACAGUUUACUCUUUGAGCAAACUGUAUUGAACAUGUUUACAUUGCUUUUGAGCGUGUGAAAUUGUUGUACAAGGGGAAUUUGCUGUCAGACACAAGUUACGCACUACAUGGACCAUAGAAACAGUAAACUUCAUAGACUUUUCCUUAUCCGGAUCCAAGACAGCAGAUGUUGUGUUGCUACUUCAUAUGCUGUCUCAGUUUUCUGAUCUUAGACAGUAAAAUGGCCAGAGGGAUCAGAAACAUUGAGCCUUAGGCGGGAGAUUCAGGAACUUCAGACAAAGAUCAUGACUUCUUUAUUGAGUGCAUGCUUUAUUUAUUAAAUUGUGUAUGUCCAGGUGUGACUGUAUAUGUGUAUGUAUGUAUGUAAUGAGUUUAUAGUGAAUGUAUUUUUCCAGUCUCAGUUUUUCUGAAAAAGAGGGAGAGAGUGUGUGCAUUAGUUCAUAUGUUGUUGUGUUCCCACUGAAGCCGAGGCCUCUCUCUUCAGCCUGAACCAGCAAAGGAUGUCGGUGGUGCCUUGUCAGCAAGGCAGCCAAAGAGCGAGUUGCAUUCCGACCGGCAUGUUUGUUAGCAAUGCUGGCCAGACACAUUUAUGUAUCAGAUAAGUUGGGUGCUUUUAUGUGGGCUGAAGUGACACAAAAUUGUGAAGACCAUUAAUCUUGAAUUUGCACAUGUGGAUCAUGUAAAAGUACAAAAGACAACUGUUUAUUUUCUUAGUACGUUAAAUAGCAGCAUUCAAGUUGCUGGUUCUUCCACAUUGUCACAUUAAUAUCAUAUUGUGUUUCAGAAAAGUGUCAUGAGAGUCAGCGUGUAAGGUGUCAAACGAGAAUAUUUUAAAUUGUAGGUGAGCAGCAUAAGUCUAUUGUGUGUACACAAGCAGCAGUAUGGUUGCCUGGCUUGUCAGUAUUGCAGUGUGUACAGUAACUGAAACUUUAGAGAAGGUAUAACACUCAGAUGGACAGAUUGAAGUAUACUUGUUGGAUUAAAACAAAAAGGCUAGGAAUGAGGAUUCAGAUCACUUCCAGAAAUUUUGCCACAGAACUUGCACAUCACUUUAUCAGCCAUAACUACCAUAUGUAUUGGCAAGAGUACAAAGUAAAUUUCUGCUGUGUUCUAUAUUAGGACCACACUGGAAAACAGAGAAGUUAAAUUUACAUAAUCAUGAAGCUUUUACUGGUUUUAUGCAGAGUGCAAAAUGAACUAACACAGCUGUUAUUAAGAAGUUGUAGUCACAUCCAUAUUCAGCUUUACUGAGUUUGAAAAUGUGUGACGAAAAUCACUGUGCUGUUUAUGUCCUAAUGGCAACUGUACUCUGAAGGCUGUGUCUCUCGAUUCCCUCAAAAGCAUAUGUAACUCCUAUAUCUGCAGUGUGAAGGAGGCAGUUAGGCCUUCAGAGUAUUUUCCCAUACAUCACAGUAUCUGGAAAAGAUCGGUGAGAGUAACUGGUUCAGAAUAUUAUUCCAUAUAUGAAUGCUGAAUUUAGUGAUACACAGUUUGAACUGAUUGGUGAAGGAACCUUUACGCUUCUUAUUACUUCCUACCACGAGAUCUUGACGUGACCAAUCAACAAGCAGAAGUGGUCUGUGUAUGGUACAGUGUUAUGAGGUUCAGCAUGUACUCAGCAGAACUGCAUGCCUUGUUUGCAGCAUAUUUGUCACAUUACAAACGAGCUUACAUCUUCCUCUGUCAGUGUUAUGGUUAAUAACACAUCUCUAUAAACUUCAUACUUUCAAUGGACUGUCAUACUUCCAUGUCUGUAUAGUGUUGAUAUCGUAUUGUGGCAAACGGACCGACACAAAUCUGCACUAAGUUUGCCAGCCAAGGAGAUUUGUGUAAGCAUGUACAAGUCCUGUAGUGUGACAAAUGUCUGUGAUAAGGAUGUGUUUGCUGCUGUUGAUACUUGAAAGAAAAUCAGUGUAAAUGCAAACUGCGAUCUUACUGUGCAUAGAAGAUGUUGAAGUUAAAAGGUAUAUCAGAAUUUGGAUUUGUAUAGCCUGAUUCUGAGAUAAUAUGCAGUAUACCUACAGAGUGCAUCUCAUGGAAAUAUUGUCUGCUGAGGGUUUGGGGCUCUCACAGUGGUGAGUGCUAAGGUUAUUGUUUUGCAGGAUGAAAUGUGGUGUAAUUUGGUAAAUAUGAGCAUGCUGUCUCCAUCUUCAUGGUGAAACACUGGUACCUAUCUACCAAACCACACAGUGUCACAACCCAGAAGAGUAAUCAUGAAGUUACUCGAGUUCUGUACGCAUUUUGUCCCUGAAAUUCGCCAGUGCUUCUGUAGUGUAACCAUUUGUAUGAUGUUCAGAAUUAUGAGAACCAUGUUGCACGUUACAUCACUUGAAAUAUUGGGCAUUCUGAAGAACAGAAUUUGUUUUGGUUUUUGAGAUUUGAGGUAUCUUGGUCCUGAUGAUGGAGGGCGUAUGAUCUGCCAGAACAUUGCAAAACAUACAUGACAUCACAUUUCAAGUGGUAGUGUUCAUCUUGACUUGUCUGCAGUACUGAGCUCAGAAGUAAGAUGACUUUGCCUGUAAAGAGGACAAACAUAACAUUGGUUGCUGGUCAUUCAUUCAGUUAUACCACAGGCAGUGUGCGAGGUAUGAUACCGAACUGACCAUGAGUGUAUAUAAGCUUUAUUCAUUUAUGGCUUUCAUGUAGGUUUUGAUUGAAUGAAGGGUGUUGUAGAGGGAUGUAUCAUAACAUUAUAAUUAUCCAGAAUGAACAGCAUUCUGAGAAGUGUUCCUAAAUAUUAACCCUUUCAUUUUUGGGUUUAAUUUAAAAAAUAAAUUAGCAUAUUGUAUUUCUAUGUUUCAUGGUUACUCAUGGUUUCACUGUUGAAGAACUGUGAUUGACUGAAUUAUUGAAAGAUGGGGAACAAUUUAUUUUUACUUAUAUUAUCAAGUUCAGCUGGUGUUCACAAAAGCAACAGUACGUAGGUCGUACCG